GGACGCGCUGAAAACAAAAAGUAUUUGGAUUAUACCAGUCGCAUAAAGGAAAUGGCUGCUGACGAUAAAACAAAGCUGAUCUUGCAUGUGGACCAUUUGUACAAAACAAAAUUAUUUCAUUGCCAUGAAUCUAACUGUUGUGAUGGAAAUUUAAAUCAAUUUCUCACUGGAAAAGAAACCGCAGAAGAUAUUGACAAAGUACUGAGAGGAUUAAUAUACCUGUCUCAGCGAAAUCAAAUUCUCAAGACUGUUUGCAGCAAACAUUUUGUUGUGACCUUUAACAGAAAACCAUGGAAAAUUUCUCAAAAAAUAACAUUUAAGAAGAAUGGAAAAAUACUGAAGGUGUAUCCAUUCUUAUUUGAAGUUACUUUGACAUGUAAGAAAAGCUACUUAAAAGUUCAGGGAAAAGAUACAGAUCAUUGUGUACUGGAAGAUAAUAAUACAACUCAAAAAUCCAGCACAAGAAGUUCAAGGAGGGUCCAAAAUAGAAGCAGCCAGCUUUCAGAGGAGCAAAGCCCGAUGGAGGAUGUAAGAAGUCAGAGUGGAACAAGAUAUUCAUCAAUAUUAAGAAAACAGAAACAGCCUCUCAGAUGCAUUCCAUCUCGCCAAAGGAAACCAAAGAGAAAUCUAAGACAGAGGUCACAUGAAGAGAGAGCUUCUGGACUGAGCUUUGAUCAGAAUGUCACCUCAUCUUCUGAGGAUGAAAACAGAGAUACUGAUACUGAAAAGCAUCACCCCAGAAAAAAAGGAAGAAGGGCUAUCAAGAAACCAAGCAUUGAACAGAAUGUGACCUCUUCAGAUUUUGAGGAUGAGCACGGUGAUUCCGUCGAAGGAAAUGGAAACAAUCACGCAAGAAAAAAAAGAAAAAGGACAAAAAGGAAACCAGAAUCCAAUGGAGACUGGCUGGAUAGAACUAGAUUUGUUGUUGUACAAUCACCAGAAACUCACCUUAAUACCUCUGGAGACAUUCCUCUUAAUGUUCUCACAGAAAUGUCUGCCAAAAAAAGAAUCAGAGAAAAUGAUAGUUCUCUCCUGGAAAAAACAUACGCAGGGAAAGGCGACAAGUCAGUGCAAAUGGGCAAGUCCUUCCACACAACAUUAAAUAUAGUGGAAGAGGAAGAUGGACAAGUUGCAGAUAUUCUGGGCACAGCACUGAAGAAGUCUAAAAAGAGUUGUAACACAACUGUAAAUGUAUCUGUUCUUGAACAGUCAUGCAGACAUAAAAAGGGACUUAACUUGUACAAGGGCACUGAUGCCCCUCUUUUGAAUCUCCCUAGUUUGGAAAGUUCUCUUAUUGAUCCACCUAGUGAUGUGACGCAGCAUUUAAAUUUCAAAGACUCAUUUCCAAGUCCACAAGUUGGAUUAGAAUUAAAAGGACAGAGGGAAAAUGUGAAUGCAUCUUUGAUACCAUUGAGCAGGUUUAACAGUGUUGAUUUUCCGGUCAAAGACCGACAUUUAAUUGAAAGGGAAGAAAUUGCCGAGGACAUUAAACUUCAGGAGAUGUCAAAACCUGAUUCUGAUAAGAAAUCUGGUGUAGGAAGACUGAGCUUUGGGAAGAAUCUCUGGGAGACAUUGGACACUUAUUUUAUUUCCCCGGUCAAAUCAAUAUUUGAAGGGAAAUAAUUGCUGAAAUUUGGUAUAUUGCAUAUUUGAUGUAAAGGAUGAACAUGACUUCUACAAAGAAAACAGAUACAUGAAAGUUUUUGAUUGCUUAAUCAGGAUUUUUUAUGUUUAUAGCUUUCAUACUUCAAAUACCAACAGGUUGUUACAGUGUAGUACAUGUAUUCUGAAGUGUAACAAAAAAUCUUGUGAUACAAUGCCAUGAAUGGUCAGAAACUUAGCACAAUUAUCAAUAUUUGUGUUGUCUUAUAGUUUAUCCUUUUUUUGCACACAUUUUUGUGUGUUAUUUUAAUGAUGUAGAUGAAGAACACUUUAGGACUAAUAAGAAAUGGAAAUGUAUAUUUUUAAAAUAAUUUAAUUAUCUUGAGAUGCAAAUUUUUAUAUCUUACACUUUUUUAAUUUUAUGUAUAAAAGAACAAUCUCUCAAUAAA